UAGUAAAUUUAGUGCCAUCAAACUCGAGGAAUUAAGUGUUAAAACUCACGCCGAGCUUGUCACCGCCUUCUUCUUUGCUCUUUCAAGAUUUGGCCUCUGGAUAUAGGCUCUACCUAAAGCCACCGGACGAGACGGUGAUCUUAAAGACACAAAAAGGCCGAAUUCAUGUUUGAAGGUUCAAAGGGAUCUCUGGCCAAAAUUUUCUGGAAGAUUCUCUUCCUUGCACCAAUGAUUGUUUCAGAUCAUAGUUACCAGUGUCCUGAGAGUUACGGAGAGUUGAAACUUAAAGGGGUACAAGACACCUGUCAGCGAAUUGAAAACGGAACCGAUCCGCCUUGGUUAAGAAUCAACUCCCAUUUUCUAUGUCGUCGGUACUGUAUCCUGACAUGGUGCAGAGACUUCGCUUUUUGUCUCAAGCAAUCCGUUUACUGGCGAGAAGAAUGCACUCGGGGGAUUCUUAAACUCAUUUGGGGAGGUCGUUCUAUAAAUAUAAAGGUGGAGUCUGUAAGCAAUGGCCCAUCAUAUAGCUUUGACGUCCAAAGAUGUUACAAGCGCUCAGGAUGGCCAAUUUACAUAAAUAUAAGGUUAUUAGAUGGCACAGUGCAAGGAAAUGGUGCUAAGCCAGAAGUGGAAAACUUCCGUAAGGAGGAUAUCUUCAAUUCUUUAAACACCAAUCUUCAGCGUCUUACAAAAGAGAUACGCAACAAAAGUCAACCAAAGCAGGAAGAGAAAAUGGACGUCUUUCUUGAAUUGACCUCUUUGGAGACAUCCCUGUUGGAAUACGGACAGUAUAACCUCAAUCGCACAUCAAGUGAAUUUAAUAUGAGCAGCAUACACAUGGAUGUUCUUGUCAGGAAAACCUUCUACCAAAACCACAGCCACCACUUUCGCCUGGAUGAACCUACGGGAAAAAAUCUCCUAAUCAUUCCAUCGGCAAACUUGGACAACGGUUCAGUGAUACUGGGAGUGAUAUACAAAGACCUCCAUCAACUAUUUAUUAGAAACCAACCAGAGAACAGUACCCUGAACAAUUCAAGGGAAGUCAACUCCAUGAUUAUGGCUGCCACAAUAAUUCCUUCGCCCACGAGACUACGGGAAAAUAUAACUUUGAAGUUCAAAAACAUGAAG